AUGACCGUACAAGGCUUGGAGCCGUACUAUCUGGCUGAUUCUGUAGAAGAUUCUAUAGUGUUUGUGUUCCAUGAAGCUUGUUGGCAGAUGCUUGUCACCCGGCUCACGUACAACACCGGUUCAGACCAAGGUGAUUACUAUGUGUCCUACUGGCUUCUCUUUACCCUCGCCAGCGUCCCACGAUGGAAUAGACGGCUUCUCCCCCGCCAUGGCUAUCAUGGAGUGAUGCCGAUUCUCGAGUCAAACCAUCUGAGAGGUGUAUUGGAAGCUGUCAUCGAUUAUAUCCCCUUCCCUUCCAUCUCUACACGAAGUCACCCGUCCCAGCCAACAAUGGACUCAGGAACUUUAUUAUCAACUCAAGACCUACCGGUGCCUACUUAUGACCCGUUCCGGCAACUGCCCCCAGAAAUUAUCUGGGAUAUUAUUGUCUAUCUUAUGUACGAUGACAUACAUAAUGCACGACUCAGUUCCCGCCAUUUCGCCAUGCACACUUCCACAUCGAGAUUGCCCCAGAAAUUCUGGGCCAGCAGGUUCUCCCCCGAGAGGGACAUGGGCUUCGUCUUGGCUAUGGAUAAGAAUGAGACGGGGUAUGCAGAUAUGGACUGGCGCAGACUGUUUGAUAACUGCAUGAGAGUUCUUCAGCAGCCUGGCAGCUUGGGCGACGGCUUCCGAAACCGACAACGCAUAUGGAUCUGUCUGCAAGAUAUCACCGUCACCAUCGAGAAUCUUCUCUUGUCUAACACCUACAAUACGAUCCUCUACGACAAUACGCACCUCUGGACCGAGUCUUCCCUGGCGUUUUCUGACCACCCUUUAGGACAGAGGGUCUCGUGUACAGACCUUGAAUAUCGCGACCGUGCUGAUCCACAGGAGAUAAUGAAAGACAAGAACCUGAGGACACGCGAGCUACUCGUUCGGCACACCAACCUCUCCUCAAUAAAAUAUUCAACCGUUCUUUUUGAAUCUGUGCCCUAUAUUUGCGGGCUAAGAGUUGAAUGGUCGCCAGAACAUCUAUCAUAUACACGAUGGCAAGAAGUCGGCAUAGAAAUCCCCUCUCGCACAAAAAGCGUACCUGUCGAGAAAGACGUAUCAUUGUCGGAAAUUUCCGUAUGCUACUCCCCGGAUGGAGUUCACGGCUUUUCAAUCUUCACACGGGAGGCAAACGGACGUCUCGAUAGGCUGUGCGUCGGGCGGACAGAUGCUGUCUACCCUAACUCAACUACUACGACGUUACCUCGGCCCUCAGGCUCAGGUCCUAUACUAGGGCUACGCUGCGAGUUUGACGUACGGCUGAUUACUAUCCAUCCCUACGUAUCUUGA